AUGUUUCUAAAUUAAAAGUUUAGUAAUAUUAGAUCGAAGAAGGACCUAAAUUCAGCAAAUCCAUAUCAAAGCAUGAAAGAUAUUAGGCAUAUAUCCGAAGUAUUUAUGUUUAAUCACACUAGGAUUGA